ACUCUUCGUGCUCUCUCCAAACACCAGAACAAGCUAUCCACGAAAAAUAAGAACCAACUCAUCCUUAUCCCGCACACCAUAUCCUCAUAGCCAAACAAUUCUCUAGCGCGAGUCACAAUUCUCACAUGGAGAAGAAUCCAGCCGUUUCGAUCAGGCCAAAAUCAAACGGAGCAAACAGCUUCAUCAUUAACGUGGAGGAUGAUCAAGAGGAUUACAGAGGAGGAAGCCCCGGCGUAAGCAUCUCUCCGGUGAGAUUUCUCAGCCGGAUCCGCCGGAUUCUGAUGCGAUUCAUGUUUUAUUUUCCUUCUCGAGGUUCGUCGUCGUCGCCGUCAUCGUCAAUAAUGGCGUCGAAGCAGAGAAAUCUGGAGAAAUUCGAGCCGCCGAAGACUUCCUGCAGUUCGAAUUAUUCGUCUUACUCGCAUUACAACGAAGCUAUUGCCGAUUGCAUCGAGUUCUUCAACAAGUCGUCGCAGGAUCAAAUCGGAAUCUCCGAUGCAAAUGCGAUGGUAUGAACAUGAUGAUAUAACAAUCGCGCACACACACUAACUCGUUGUUAAAUUGUUUCGAUUCUCUGAUUUUGAAGCUUCAAGGAACAAGAACAAUCGCAAAUUCGAUUUUCUGCAAAUUUUCGUCACUGAUUCUGCGGUUUGAGAUUGCUAUAGAGAAUCGAUUCGUUGUGUGUGUAUAUAUGAGAGAGCGAGAGAUACAGAGAUAUUAUUGUGCUAUUUCAAUGUGUAGUUUCUUCUUCACGUUUGUCGGGUUGCAUAACUUUUUCAUUUCCUUUUGAUUGAAGGUUCUAUGGAAGAAAAUAAGUUACCUCUACAACAAGAUUUUAAACAAGAACAAU